AUUUUCAAUUGACAAAUUUUCAGAGCCCUCUAUUGAGUUUAAUUUUUAAAUCUCAUUGUUUGUCUUCAACAUAAUUUUAUAAAUGCCCAAUUCUUCAUUUGCCAAUCAAUACAAACUCCAGAAAUCAUGGCGCUUCUCAAAUUGCUGAUGUGCUCUGUUUUUGUUUCCCUGACCUUAACUUCUUUCUCCCCUGCCCGAGCUGCCCAGAUGCCGCCGCCCGUCAAGGCGGCUUAUUGGCCGUCUUGGUUUUCAGAAUCUUUCCCACCUUCCGCCAUUAACACCGCUCUGUUUACCCAUGUGUAUUUUGCCUUUCUCAUGCCAAGUAACCGUUCGUUUACUUUCGACUUGCCGGAAUCUACGGCGGCGCAGCUUUCCCAGUUUACCACUUCUCUGCGGCGGAAGACCCCACCGGUAAAAACUCUGUUUUCAAUUGGCGGCGGCGGUAGUGACAGUGCUCUGUUUGCUCGUAUCGCUUCCGAUGCCAAAUCUCGUCAAAUUUUCAUCGAUUCAAGCAUCAAGACAGCGAGGAAAUUCGGAUUUGACGGUCUAGAUCUCGAUUGGGAAUUUCCUAAAGACACGACCGAGAUGAAAUAUUUCGCCGAUUUAAUAACUCAGUGGCGGAAGACGAUCGACAGGGAAGCAAAAUUGACGUCACGCCCGCCGCUUUUGCUCUCUGCCGCCGUGUACUACGCGUCGGAGUUUCUGAUUAACGGCGAGCGUCGCUCAUUUCCGGCCGCGGAAAUUUCGAAAAGCCUUGAUUGGAUCAACGUCAUGUGCUUCGAUUAUCAUGGGUCAUGGGACACGACGGCCACCGGAGCUCAUGCCGCAUUGUUCGACCCACAUACGAAUUUGAGCUCCUAUUACGGGCUCCGGUCGUGGAUCUCCGCCGGCGUGCCUCGGAACAAGAUGGUUAUGGGAAUUCCUCUGUAUGGGAAGUCUUGGACUUUGAAGGAUCCGUAUGUUCAUGGCGUCGGAGCACCCGCCGUCGGUGUCGGUCCUGGCGACGACGGAAUUCUCACAUAUGUUCAGGUAAAAGAAUUCAACCAGAAGACAGGAGCGACCGUAGUAUACGAUAUAAGAACCGUAUCAGCGUAUUCGUACGUAAAUACUUCUUGGGUUGGAUACGACGACAUUAAGUCAACGACGACCAAGGUGGAGUUUGCUCGGGCAAAUGGCUUACGUGGCUAUUUCUUUUGGGCUCUCAGUUACGAUAGUGUUGAUUGGGAAAUUUCAACUCAAGCUUCAAACGCAUGGGUUGAUGACCAAUAUUGAGAUUCACCAGUGCAAAGAAGUUUCAAAUAAAUAGCUUUGUUGGGAGCUGUAUUGUUUUUGUGUAGUAUUUGAUCGAAUAACAUAUGUUCACCAAAUUAUUAAAUAAGAUAUUAGAAAGCUAAUAUAUUGAUUAAUGAUAAGUAGAAAUUUAUUAUUUUCAUGUAAUCAUGGUUUAUUUGCAACCACAAACUCGUGUUUUACCUCAAAGAUAAUGUCACCUUUGAUUAUUUUGACUGGAA